AUGAGCACAAUUUCGUCAAUCACAGCUUCCAAGCAGGGCACACACACCCCUCAUGGCCCUCCACUACCACAGCUCCGGAAGCAUGGCGCCCGUCUGCUUGCUCUAGACGGCGGUGGCGUCAAGGGCGUAAGCUCGGCUCUCAUACUGGACGAGAUCAUGACCCGAGUCAAGCGCAUCGAGCUCCAAAACAGCAUCAGCACUUCGCAAGCUGAUCGGAAACCAGUCGAUUAUUUCGACCUCGCCGCCGGAACCAGUACCGGCGGACUGAUAUGCCUGAUGUUGUUCCGACUCAGGAUGAAUGUCCCGUCUUGCCGAGACUGCUACCACUCGCUCGCUAAGCAUAUAUUUGCGCCACGGUUCAUGAAUUCGGAAAUGCUUGGCAAGAUCUUUGGCAAGCUGGGGCUCAUGCUCAACAUCAUGUUCAAAAGCGCCGAAUUCGCAGCCAAGCCACUCGAGGACGCGAUCCGCGAAGUUGUUGGAAAGUACUCUAGAGCUGGUGACCCAGACCAGGACUACCUAGUCCACCCCGAGAGUGGAAUGAUGUUCAUGUGUGCAACGCUCAAGGACAAAGGGGAGUGCGUGUUGAUGCGCUCGUACAUUCAACCCAGUGACGCUGUACCAUACUCCAGUGUCGUCAAGCAGGCCAGUACUGGUGGGGGCGAUGACACUCCUAUGAACAACAUUCCUAUCGUCACCGCUGCGAGAGCUACGUCAGCAGCGCCUGUAUAUCUGCCAGAAGAGCGGUGGAUACCUUCACCUGGAGGUGAUACAGUCAACUUCUGGGACGGUGGAGUCCUGAACAAUAAUCCUAUCGAGCAGUUAUGGGGCGCGCGCUAUGAUCUCGUCGACGUCAAAUCACCGCCACCACCUGUCUCAGUCGUCCUUAGUCUGGGAUGUGGUUGGGCUGUACCGGCUAAGCCUCACUUCUUGUUCCGGAUCUUCGGAAUCAUGACAACGUUCUCGCAAUCCUACAUGGCCAACACAGAGGCCAAGCAUCGUGACUUUUGGAGGUUGACUGAGCGAAUGAAGGAACGUGGAGAUCAGAACAACGAUAUUCGCUACUUCAGGUUCAACGUGCCGACUGGUGACAAGAAGUUCAACAUGGCGGAUCCCAAGAUCAUCGAGCCAUUGGAGAAAUUGACCAGGGACUAUAUAGGUCGCCCUGAGAUAUCCAAAGAGCUGGAUGAGGUCGCAGCGCUUCUAGCUAGUCGUGACUGA